UAUUUUAUUCUUAUUUCCUUCAGCUUCUUGUGCUUUAAAUUUUUUUUAUAUUUUUUAGGUUAUAUGUUAAUGCUGGAACCUCCAACGCUUGGUUCUGUUUUUGAUUUGCAAAAAUCAAUAGAAAAAUCGACGGGAAUUGGAAUUGAUAAUCAAUUAUUAUUUCUUUCUGAUGGAGGGUCUUUAAUUGGCUCAACAAUGCUUUCUUCAAUAACUGGGGUUGGAACUGAUACAAAUCCAAUUUUUCUUGUUAGAAGAGUAACGAAUAAUGGUAGAGAAUUGGUGAAGGAAAAUUUGGAAGGAAUUAAUGAACUUUUUAGAGGUUGGAGCUCUGAGAUGGACCGUCUAAACAGGAUAAGCACAACCUCCUCUUCUGCUAUUACAGAGUGUAUAGAAUUGGCAAAAAAGUGCAAUAAUGUUGCUGAAACGAUUAUUCGGUUUUGUAGCAAUUUAAUUUCUGAACAUCAUUAUUUGCAUCAGGGAUGGAAGGCAGUCAUCGCAAAUUUAGACGACAGCAUUUCUCGCACCCAAAAAUACCUUCAACGCUCUAAAAGGCAAGCAGAAAAGUUGGAAAUUAUCCGAACAAAAGGACGUGUUCUGUUGGGAGAUUUUGACAAUGUUAUUGAAGUGCUCUCAAAGAUAACAAUUCCUUCCUCUCUCCUCUCACCUCCUCCAGCUCAACAAUUAACUCCUUCCUCUCCUGACAGUGAUACAAAUUCACCAACUUUCACGUCUUCUGAAGAAAUAACUUUAUUCGAUUGGCUAUCAUCAAAAGACCCGGCUUAUUCUCUAAAUUCUUUAUCUCAAUUAAUGCUCGAUCAUUUGGAGAAAACUGACGAUACUGAUUUAAUUGAAGCCACAUCUUUUUUUACAAUUGUUCAAGGAGUCUCUACAAAAGCACAAUAUAGAGAAAUUGGAGGGAUUGAUAAAAGAUUGACUACUUUGAGGAGUAAAUUUCAGCAUUUGGAAGGUUUGCCUUUUAAUUUUUUUAAAUUUUUCUAUGAAUUCUUGCUGAGAUUUUUUAGAUUUUGGGUAUCUGAAUUUAUUCAUUUUUCUUCUUCUAACGAUUUUUUCUUUCUGGCGCUUUCCUACUUAUUAUCUGUUUUCGUUCCAUUUUUUAGUCCUAAUAAAUCUCUCCACUUUCUAGACUUUUUCAUAAAUACGUUCGGAUCUAAUUUAACUGGCUCAAUGAGACGGGAAAAAUCGCUAAAACAAAAGGGAAAGAAAAGAACUAGAGAUCGAGAUUUUUGA